AUGUCUGCCACGAAAUCAGUAAUGAUGCCAGACAAAGAUAAUAUUGAUGUGGAACAACUGAUUCACAGCAACAACGAUUUCAACGCUUGUGAUAAUGCAGAUCAAAUAUUGGGACAACUUGGGGCUCGUAAUAAGUUCAUUCUAUUCAUAACAUUCAUCUUAUCGCUUGGAUGGACAAUCAGUGCAAUGCCGAAUAUGUGCAGUGCGUUCAUUGUCAGCGACAAAGAGUGCACUAAUAGUACGGAUUGUAAAGCUGAAAAUCGAACAACGAUCGCAUCGGAAUUCCAAUUAUCUGACGAACGCAAAUAUUUGGCCGAUUGGACGACGUCAGCAUUCAUGCUUGGCAAUAUGCUCGGUGCGACUGUUUUAACUCAACUUUCCGAUAAAUAUGGUCGACGUCCAGUGCUCAUAUUCUCUCUUAUUGGACUAACCUUAGCUGGAUUCAUAUCGGUUUUCGCCAACAACGUUCACGUGGUUACGCUCGGUCGUUUACUGCAAGGAGCUUGCGCACCGGGAUUAUGCUUGGUUGUUUGGGUACUCGGAUGUGAGUCAAUACCAAUAUCAUUACGUGGUUAUGCAACACUCAUUUAUGGUACCAUGUGGGUCAUUGGAUACUGUGCAAUUGCACCAUUGGCAUAUUACAUAACAAACUGGCGACUGAUCCUUCUUGCGAGCACGUUACCUGGUGUUUUCAUGGCUCUUCUUGUCUUCCUUUUCGUACCUGAAAGCUUACACUUCCUUGUCGUGAACGGCAGAAACGAAGAAGCAGUAAAUUGGGUGAAAACAGCGCAAAAGUAUGGCCAAACCAAGAAUACUGCUAACUUGGAAAAAAUGAUGGAGGUUUUGCUUGCUUGCAAGCCUAAGAAAGACGAAGCCAAUGAGUCAAGUAAUACAUUCGUCUAUUUUGGUCUCUCACUGUAUGUAACACGUAUUGCCGGUAACAAAUACUUGAACUACGUGCUCUCAGGACUCAUCGAAAUGCCAGCUUAUCUAUUUGCGCCGCCAGCACUCGAUAACAUUGGAAGGAAACCUGUUGUUGCAUGGUCUCAUUUCCUGGCUGGUUUCUCUCUGAUCGCUUACGUGACAUCACUCUGUAUGACGGGUAAAUUUGGGAUAUCAUGUUCUUUCAUUUGUAUUUUUGUGUAUGGCAGUGAAAUUUUCCCAACGACGAUUCGAAAUGCAUGUCUCGGAUUGUGCUUAGUUGUAGCACGAUUUGGUGGAAUUGUUGCACCGUAUGUGAAACAUCUUGAGGCGAUCAGCCCUUCGCUACCAAUGGUUUUCUUCGGAUCGAUUGGUGUUGCAGCAGGUGUGUUAACAUUAUUUCUGCCAGAAACGAAGAACCGUGCUCUUCCUUCGUCACUUAACGAUGUAGCUGCAGAGAGGAAAUAA